ACAAGUACAGUUGCUAGUAGUGUUGGUGGGCCAGUGGAAUGUGAGGGAAAUGCUCACCUCUUGUCACCUUUGUGAUCGUUCCCCAGUGCAACAAGAGAAGGGAUACAGCAGCUUACAGGAUGAAGCAGUGAAGAUCUUUAACUCCCUUCAGGAAAUCGAGACAGUGUCUGACCCCAUACCCAUUAUCCAAGGCAUUCUGCAGACCUGCCAUGAUUUAAAGCCGCUUCGUGAUGAAGUGUACUGUCAGCUCAUCAAACAAACUAAUCACAUGCCGCAUCCCAACAGUACUGGGAACCUGCACCACUGGCAGCUGAUGUCCUGCAUGAGCUGCACCUUCCUGCCUAGUCGAGGGAUCCUGCGCUACCUCAAGUUCCACCUGAGAAGGGUAAAAGACCUCUUUCCAGGCUCAGAAAUAGACAGGUAUGCGCAAUUCACCAGUGAUUCCCUGAAGAGAACAAAGACGAGGGAGUUUGUGCCCUCCCAGGAGGAAAUACAGGCUCUUCUCACCCGUGAAGAAAUGACCACAACCGUGUACUGCCAUGGCGGCGGCUCCUGUAAAAUAACCAUUAAUUCUCACACGAGCGCUGGGGAGGUGGUUGAAAAGCUGAUCCGCGGUUUAGCAAUGGAGGACAGCCGUAAUAUGUUUGCGCUCUUUGAACAUAAUCAGCAGGUGGACCGUGCUGUGGAGAGUCGGGUGAUUGUGGCUGAUAUCUUGGCCAAGUUUGAGAGACUUGCUGGCUCUGAAGAAGAGGAGGAGGAAGGACAGUGGCAGCUGUAUUUCAAGCUUUAUUGCUUCUUGGAUAUUGAGAACGUUCCCAAAGAUGGAGUGGAGUUUGCCUUCAUGUUUGAGCAGGCUCAUGAAAGCCUCAUAGAUGGCCAUUUUCCUGCACCAGAGGACACUCUGCAGCGCCUGGCAGCUCUACGGCUGCAGUACCUCCAUGGAGAUUAUUCUAAAAUAAGUUGGACCCUUGAUGGAAUCUACCCAGUGAACAGACUGAAAUCCAAAAUACUGCACUCGACGAAGAGCAGCGGCACUACCAGUCACACUCUGGAGAGGAGACGGACCAGCUUCCUCGAAGGGACGUUGAAACGUAGCUUCAAGACAGGCUCUGUAAAGAAGCAGAAGGUGGAAGAGGAGCAGAUGAUGGAGAUGUGGGUAAAGGAAGAGCUUUCAGCUGCUCGGGCAAGCAUAGCCCAGAAUUGGACCAAGCUGCAGGGACUCUCUCAGCAUCAGGCCAUGGUGAAAUACAUGUCCAUUGUAAAGGAGUGGCCGGGUUAUGGGUCAACCCUCUUUGAUGUUGAGUGCAAGGAGGGUGGAUUUCCAAACGAUCUUUGGCUUGGAGUCAGCACAGAGAAUGUGUCUGUCUACAAACGAGGGGAUCCUAAGCCGCUGGAAACUUUCCAGUACGAGCACAUUGUUUUCUUUGGAGCACCACAGCCUAACACCUUCAAAAUUACAGUGGAUGAGAGAGAAAUGUUCUUUGAAACAUCACAGGUGGGUGAGAUAAUAAAGAUCAUGAAAGCGUACAUCAACAUGAUUGUGAAGAAACGCUGCAGCGUGAAGUCAGCCACCAGUGUGGACAGUCGUGCCAGCGCCUGGACGAGGUGAUAAGAAGGAACUGCCACGCAAGACAGGCAGUUGGUUGAUGAUGGGUGUUUGCAACUUGCCAGCACAAGUGUAGCAAAGAGGUUUUUUUUAAGAACUCCACUUGACUGACUACUGUACCUAAAAACUGAAGUGACACCUGCAGUACCCUGGGCAGAGGUGCAAAUCCUGAAGACAUUAAACAGCAGCAACUGUUGUUAAAUACUAGUGACCCAAAACUCGUUUUCCCCUUGCUUGUUUGAUGAACGUUGUACAUUGAAGAAGCAAAGUCAGAAGCA